UUUUAGGGGACCACCUUGAGGAAUCCACCGCCCCAGUGUGUAAACAUGCACACUGUGUUUUGCACACCACAGGUUGGCUCCUACCUUCUCCAGCUUCAAACAAUGAGGCAUCUCAUUCAGAGAAAAAGGAAGAUGCAGGAGUCACCUAAGUCCAUGUGGACACAAUUCCACAAGUGACCUUGAAACGACUGUGUGUUCCUGUUUGACUGAAGCCACCCUGCAAAGCUCAGGGUUCUAACUGUGCUGCCGAGAGGAGGAUGGAACCUGCUCUGACAAGAGCUUCAGGUCUUCCAGACUGGGUCUUCCUCUCAAGGGGCAACCCUAACUCCCCAUUUCCGUACAUCUCUAGCGAAUGGCUAAGAAAAAGUGAAGAGCCAAGCUUAGAUGCAGGCUCCGGACUGAGCACACGAGAGACAAGCAGAAGAGGCUUCGUGUCCCGUUGGCCUGCUGCUGACGUCUGCAGCGAAACUAGGCAGCGGCCACACUGCUGUGGCAGAAGGCAGUCACCAACUAGGAAGGUCUCUAAUUAGUCUUGUGGCCCCGCCCACUUUUUUCUGGAUUCAAGGCGAUGUUGCCUCAAAACAAGGACCAGGUGCUGCUACCGAACACAGUGCCCCCAGGGUGUCCCCCUCAGGUCCUCUCACAGUUUGCUGACUCCCCUCCAUCCAACUUAGCAUCUCUCGCCCCCCAUCAGUCCCUCCCUCCUCCUCACCUACCUUUGCCGUCUUACAGGCCAGCCUAUUUUUCCUUCUCUUCUCCGCCACAGCCCCACUCUCCUGGGCCUCACUGCUACUCUUCAGACCCAAAUUCUGACUUUGUUCCCCUCCCAUUCUCCUCCUCCCUCCAGAGUUCCCCCACUUUCUUUCACCAGAACUACCCUCGUCCUCCUUCAAGACACUCAUCCCCUCCCCUCAACCACCAGUGUGCCUCCCCUCCUCUUUCCCAGGUACAAAAUUCCUCUCCUCCCUCUUGCCAGUCUCCUCCCCACCUCCAGGGCAUCCAUAGUUCCACGGCCACGUCCCCCAGCCCCAACCCCCCUUCUGGAGGGAUUUCCAGUAACAAACAAACACAGCAGUGUCCUCAAUCCAAAAACACCAGGUCCCCUGGGGUGGCAGGGGGAUGCAAGGUAAGCAAGGUGGACCCUGCAGAGUUCAAGGACCCAAUGGCCCUCGCCCAAGCCCUAGCCGACCGUGUGGGGCGCCGCAGAAUUGCAAGAGAUCUCAAGCUACUGUUUUGGCAGCACCUGUGUCUCGGCACAUCCACACCCAGCCAGGCCCCAGUCGUGGAGUACCCCAUUUGUCUACAGUGCCUCCAGCCCCGCACCCAGUCUUGCCCCACCCCCAAGUACAAGACGGAAACAAGGCUGCUUGCCUUCCCUCAACUACUGCCCUGUGCUCAGGGCCAGGAGUCUGGGCCUCUCCGCAUAGGUAUUGGCUUCGGCCUCCGCUUGCCUCUGGGCCAGGCCAGAGCCUUGCAUCUGCUACCACCAAAAAAACGGCAGGAAGCAAGUCCUCAAGGAGAGGUCGUCCUGAGGCAACCGCCUACAACCCAGACCCCAGAAGCUCAAGUUAUGGACACACUCUCCCAGGCCGGGCCCCUCAAGUUUGCAGGCCUCCAAUCACUAAAAUCCAGCCAAUGUUCCGUGCCUCCAGCUCAGGCACCAAGAAGGGUCACUGCCUCCCCAAGGCCCAGAUUCUGUGUGCUGCUUCCUGGGAAGAAAAGGAGUAUAUUUGGAAGAAGGAGUCGUGGGCAGCAAGGGAUGCCAGAGGGAGUUGCUGACACAGAGGCACGCAGAAGCAGAGACAGGAGGGCCCUGCGAGGCCUCUCAGUGGCUAGCAUGCAGGCGGAGAAAGUUCUGCUGCGCAUGUCCAGUAAACGGCAUUUCUGUCGUCUGCAUCUUUGUGUUGAGCACUCGGUCAUCAGUGAGACAGUGUGA